CGUAAACAAGGAAUCGCCACAGCCGGCGUAGCCACCAACCGCGACGAACGUGGCGAAACGCACUCCAUCGUAUUCGGGAUUCCAAACUCGAAUUUGAGUGUUUUGGCGCGAAUACACCCGUUGUGACAGUGACAUAUUCUUUUUUUUAUAAAUAAUAAACAGUGUGUUGUUAAUUGAGUGACAUUAAAAACUUUUUGGUAUUUGCGUAUUGGAUUUAUUGAAAUCGCUGAAAUGAUGGCAGCGCCGACAGACUUGCGACCGGAGCGUGUGAGGCAAAUGUUCAGCUGGACAACGGGAGAGACCUCGCCUCCGUCGCCGAUGGGCGACGAGAAGGAGUCCAAAAUGAGCCAGAUCCAGUUCUCGACACCCUUCGAAAAACAAGACAGUACGAUAUGGCAGAAGCGUCAGCAGGCCGUGUGCGUGCGACACGCCUUCAAGCACUACGGGUCCAACAAGCGGCCCAACCACGUGCUAAGUAACCUCAACAUGACAGUCGCUAAGGGCACAAUAUAUGGCCUGCUAGGCGCUUCAGGGUGCGGCAAGACGACCCUCCUCUCCUGCAUAGUCGGUCGGCGCUCCCUCAACAGCGGGGAGAUAUGGGUGCUAGGAGGGAAGCCGGGGACAAAAGGCUCAGGCGUCCCCGGCAAACGAGUGGGCUACAUGCCCCAAGAGAUCGCGUUAUACGGCGAGUUCACCAUCAAGGAGACCAUGAUGUACUUCGGCUGGAUCUUCGGCAUGGAGACCAGGGAGAUCGUGGAGAGACUCCGCUUCUUACUGGACUUCUUGGACCUGCCCAGCGAGAAUAGGAUGGUGAAGAAUCUUAGUGGCGGACAACAACGGCGCGUAUCCUUCGCAGUGGCUCUCAUGCACGACCCGGAGCUCCUGAUCUUGGAUGAGCCCACUGUUGGUGUGGAUCCACUGCUGAGACAGUCCAUCUGGAUGCACCUGGUCCGCAUAACCAGCUCCGGAGACAAGACUGUCAUCAUCACCACGCAUUAUAUCGAAGAGGCGCGGCAAGCGCAUAGCAUCGGCCUGAUGAGAAGCGGUCGCCUUCUGGCCGAGGAGUCGCCGCAGGCUCUCCUCACCAAGUACAGCUGCAUAUCGCUAGAAGACGUCUUCCUAAAGCUGUCUAGAAAACAAGGUCAAACCAACCCAGUAGUGGAACUGAACGUGUCGGGCGGAGCCCUAGGGCUGAACAAGCUGUCCAAGCGGGAAGAGGCGCCUUACGCGGCCGAGGAUGCGCAAGUGGUCGGGUUGAACUUCCAAGCCAUCAACCAGAGCAAAGAGGUGCUGAUCGUGGAGAAUGGCGUCGGUUCUAAUGGCGACCUCCCUGGGAAAGUUACGGAAGCUGUUACCAACGAAUGCAAGGACUGUACCGACUGCUUCAACCUGACGUCCCGCGGCAAGAUCAAGGCGCUCAUCCAGAAGAAUUUCCUGCGAAUGUGGCGCAACAUCGGCGUCAUGUUGUUCAUCUUCGUGCUACCCGUCAUGCAGGUCAUCCUGUUCUGCCUGGCCAUCGGCCGCGACCCCACCGACCUCAAGCUGGCUAUCGUGAACGACGACGUGCGAGUAAUCGACGGCGACUGCCCCUUCAAUUCCACGUGCUCUAUGAAGAACCUCUCGUGCCGCUAUUUAGCACAACUCACGGAACAUACGCGGCAGAUCUACUACCCUACCAAAGACGCAGCCUUGGACGCCGUGAAGGAAGGGGACGCGUGGGGAGUGCUGUACUUCAAUGAGAACUAUACGGACUCGCUGGUGGCGAGACUUGCUCUAGCCGACACCGCCGACAACGAGACGAUAUCGUCGUCGGAGAUCCAGGUGUGGCUCGACAUGUCCAACCAGCAGAUCGGGCUCAUGCUCAACCGGGACAUACAGUUCUCCUACCGGGACUUUGCUAAGGGCUUGCUUGAGACGUGCAAUUACAACCCGAAGCUGGGAGACAUCCCAAUCGACUUCAUGGACCCCAUCUACGGAAAUAAGGACCCCUCUUUCACUGACUUCGUCGCCCCUGGUGUUAUUCUGACAAUCGUGUUCUUCUUAGCCGUAGCGCUCACUUCAUCAGCGCUCAUCGUGGAACGAAUGGAAGGUCUGCUCGACCGGUCGUGGGUAGCGGGCGUGUCUCCCGGCGAGAUAUUAUUCUCGCACGUGGUGACGCAAUUCGUGGUGAUGUGCGGACAGACGGCCCUCGUGCUCAUCUUCAUGAUCCUGGUGUUCGAAGUGGAGAAUAACGGGAAUAUCUUCUAUGUUAUCAUGUUGACUAUUUUGCAAGGUCUUUGUGGAAUGUGCUUCGGUUUCGUAAUCUCCGCCGCCUGCGAACUGGAACGAAACGCGAUCCAACUGGCCCUGGGGUCGUUCUACCCUACACUUCUACUCAGCGGGGUCAUCUGGCCCAUAGAAGGCAUGCCUUUCGUCCUCCGCUACGUGUCUCUAUGCCUACCUCUAACGCUGGCAACCACGUCACUUCGUUCCAUACUAACGCGUGGCUGGCCUCUCUCAGACCCCGAUGUCUACAUGGGAUUCGUCGCAACCCUCGUCUGGAUAGCUCUAUUCUUGACGAUAACGCUCACCAUUUUGAAGGUUAAGAAGAAUUAGGUGGCCAAAUGACUUAGGUCUAUGUCUCAGUGUUUCCAUAUGAAAAAAUACCAUUUUAAAAAUGGCCAAAUGACUUCCGUCCAUGUUUUAUGUGCAAAUUACACAUCAUUUUGUAAGAAUUAAGGUGGCCAAAUUACUUAAGUCCAAUGUCUUAGUGUUUCCAUAUGUGAAAAUUAUAUUUGUAAAAAGAACUAAGGUCGGGUGUUUUAUGCUGGCCAAAUGACUUAUGUCCAAUGUCUUGCAGUGUUUCCUUUUGUAAAAAAUAUUGACUUGUAUAUUAUAGAGCGCAUAUUUCUAUGUCUAUGCUUUAAUAAAUCAGAUUGUGAAUAUCAAGUGUGUGUAAGUGUAAGUGAAAGAUCAAUACCAAAUUGAUUUAUACGCUUCGUAAUAUGCAGUUUCGAAAUUUCAUCCUGGAUUUUUUUAGUUAAAAUGAUAUCUAAGACACUUGCCCAUCUGUGUAAGAGGAAAUUAAGCGCCCACCACCUAUUGUGCUGUGUUGCCAGCAAUGCAAUAUCUAAAAUACCCUUCUUUUAAUAUUUUUUGGUAAUUUCAUAAAUACACCUGGCAACACUGGUCUAAGUCUGUCUAAGCAUAUCAGCCUUUGCUCAAACCGCUAUGAACAAAUAGAUUAAAUAUUACUUAUAGCUAAAUGACUGUUAGUCGAGUGUAAAUAGUAGUUUUUGUAUUUAUGAUAAGUAAUUUACAGUACAUGCGUACUUAUUAAGGUGGAUAUUCGGGAAUGUUAGCAAAUAAUGAUUGGUCCAACGCUUCUGGGUAUUUACAUUCUUAGUCUUCUGGUAAAGGCAUUAAGAUACAACAGAUACCUGUUAACUGAGUUACCAUAGAAUAAGAUGGUGCCAUAAAUAAUGGUGAUUAAACCUUUCUUGCAGAGAAUGGAAAUGUAAGGUAAUUAUAAAAGAAUACGCUCAAUGCAAUCUACGUCAUAACUUUUGACACUAAAACCAUUGCCUACAAUACGUGUUCGAAUUCCAAGCAACGCUAAAAAUAAUAGGUGAACAAAUCUACUAGUUUUUGGUGUUGCCAGCCUUUAAAACAUUUGAUUGAAACAGCUAAAACUAUUCAAGCGUUAGCGCCAUCUUUGAAUUGACUUAACAAUAGUAUUUUUUAUUUAUAAUGACAAUAUAAAUAAUCGUCUGUCACUUGUUUUAUGUAAUGAAUUUAUUCGGGUUUGUAUGAAAUGUAAUAUGUAUGUGCUUUCACAAGUUUUUCUUAUGAAAUGUUUUAAAUUAUCUUUUUUAGUAGUAUUUUAUAAAUUUCAUACAUUCCUGAUUAAAUAAUUAGUGUUAAAUAUGUACAGUAAGUUAGAAAUGUCAUGUCUAUGUAAAUUUGAUUAGAAUUAAAAUAAAUUGGGAAUCGCGACACUAUUAUGUAUUUAUUAUCUUUUUGCAUGCAAUGAAUGUUUAUGUUUUAUAAGACUACACAUGAAAAUACUUUAGAAUCUCACAUUUAAUGGUAGGUUAGUAUUUUUGACGGAGGUUAAAUUUUUUUUUAUUACUUUUAAAUUUUUGUACAUUCGCAGUUUUGCAUUGUUUUGUGUUUUUUCUGUCUUUUUAAAUACAUGUAAAAUGUUUUCUAUGUUUAACACUGUAUUGUCUCUAGCUUUGUAUAAGAUACUUUUUGAACGUAUUUAUAAAACUAAAAGGCUAGACAUUUUUGACAUAAAAUCUGUGUUUAUAUUUUCUAC